AUGGCUCUCCGGUACCUCUUUGGUCUCUCAACGACCGCCCUCCUCGUGGUUGGGUUGUAUAUGCUCUUCCAGGGGGAAGGUGAAGCCUUCAAUGUUGGCCGCUUCCUCGAAGAGGUGUCCCCUUAUGCCUGGGCGAACAUCGGUAUCGCGAUGUGGGUAUCUUCCUCACCGGUUCCUCGAUCGUCGGCGGCGGUGUCCGCGCUCUCCCAAAUUCGCACUAAGAACUUGAUUUCCAUCAUUUUUUGCGAAGUCGUUGCUAUCUACGGCGUAAUUAUGGCGAUUAUUUUCUCCUCAAAGCUCACCCCCGUCCCCGAAGCCGAGAUCUUCACUAAGAGCAACUUCUACACCGGAUAUGCGCUGUUCUGGGGAGGAAUUACCGUCGGAUUCUGCAAUCUGAUCUGCGGUAUCUCUGUUGGUAUCAACGGCAGUGGUGCCGCUCUUGCGGACGCUGCUGAUGGUAGCCUGUUCGUCAAGAUUCUCGUUAUCGAGAUUUUCAGUUCAGUCCUGGGACUGUUCGGUCUAAUCAUCGGCCUUUUGGUUGGCGGUAAGGCCCUUGACAUGGGUGCGGCUUAA